CAUAACAUAACAUAACUGUAACUCGCCAUACAAGUCACAGAGAGUAAAACAAUUGGAUAGAAAUACGUUCCAAAUAAACCACCACACAGAGGAAAUUUGUGCAAGUUUAAGGGCAGGGCCGAGGCACAAAAAAAAAAAAAAAGGACAGACUGCUAAUAGACUGUGCUUAAAUCAGGAAGUGAAAGCAAGAAAAAUACGUAGCAGAGAGCAGAUUUCUCCACUGAGAGGAAUACGAGAAGUGCCGUGGGGUUUCAUGGUUAUAACUUUAUCCAUGAGGGUCUUGACUUUUAUCUGUUUUUGGAUGUUAAUGGACUUGGACUGAACACCAUAUGAACUAUCGAAUAUUCCUGAAAACACAGCGGACGAGCUGAAAGAAACCGAAAGCUAGCAGGGAGAUAAGUUCUGCUGUGGGAGAGGUUGUUUUAGAACCACCACCCACAUCUGCCCAAUAUUAAGGGAAAGCUGGCGACUUAUAUUCUGAGAAACAACUACAAAAGGCACAUCUGCAAAUAUGGCCAAAGCUCCAUCUGUCUGGAGUUGUGUGUGCAAAAUGCCUCAGGGGCACUUUGAAACACUGUAUGGCGGGUUUCCCCAAAAAAUCCGGCACCAUCUAGGUGAUUGGCUGGAAAAUCAACCAUGGGAACAUAUCAUGGGAGCAGACCCUUUUUGCAUUGAAAUGGCAAACUCUGUCAUAACUCAAUUACUGGAAGAACUUAAGAAGGUGGCAAAGAGUUGUGGAAGUGACGCACAUUUGAUUCUUCAGUGGGUAGAAAAUUUUAAGAUAAUGGCUCAACGUGACCCAAUGACCAUUAUACAGUCUUUUAAGAACAUUUGUAAAGGAGAAAUGGACAUAGUUUUGAAACAGUAUCCCCGUCUGGAUAUGGCCUUUCACUCAGGACAGGAAGAAACAAUGUUUCAUUUCAGGAGAAAGAAAAUGCAGCAUAAAUUGAAACAGACAUCGGUGGCGCGACAAACGUUAAAGCUUGCAGUGGAGAGUUUACAGUUUCAAGAUUUGCCAGGUCUUCAAAAGACAUUUGUUUUUCUGAUGGAGGAAUCAUUAGCCCAAUUGUCAACACUUCAAGAGCAAGCAGUUAAAAGAAUUAAUAUCUGGAAGAAGCAACAACAAAAGGCCGGCAAUGGAGCUCUCUAUGAUGAAAAUUUGCUUCCAUUGCAGGACAGGGUAGAGUUCAUAUUUGGCAAAUACCAUGAGCUUUGUGUCAUGAUACAAGAACUCAAGGAGAUAGAUCCCAGAUUGGUGCCCCAGGAAUUUUUUGAUAACAUCAACACUGGAAUUGGUGCACUUAUUAAGAGCUCAUUUCUGGUUGACAAGCAGCCACCUCAAGUCCUCAAGACACAAACAAAGUUUCAAUCCAGUGUCAACUUCAUGUUGGGCUCCAAAAUAAUUACUGGUGUCAACAAAAUGCCGGUUAUAAGAGCAACCAUUAUCACUGAGAAAGGGGCACAAGAACUACUUUCACCCUCUGCCAGUGCUAGUGAGUCAUUAAAAGAUGGCGCUGGUGAAAUAGAAAAUGGAAGAUCUGUGUUUGAAUUUACCCAAGCCACUCGGACCUGUGGAGCAGUUUUUAAAAAUAUGUUGCUGAAAAAGAUAAAGCGAUGUGAGAGAAAGGGAUCAGAAUCUGUGACGGAGGAGAAAUGUGCUAUAUUGUUUACAGCUGAAAUACAUUUUAGCGGAUCCACAUACAUCAUACAGGCCAUGUCUUUACCUGUGGUUGUAAUAGUCCAUGGAAAUCAAGACAACAAUGCUAAGGCCACAGUUUUGUGGGACAACGCCUUCUCUGAGAUUUUAAGACGUCCCUUCUAUGUAGAAGAGAAAGUGCCAUGGAGAAAGAUGUGUUCCACCCUAAAUAUGAAAUUCACUUCUGAGGUGGGAACAAAACAUGAACUGUCAGCUGAUCACUUCUGGUUCCUUGCUCAGAAAAUCUUUGGAGACAGCUGUCUUAGCUAUGAUGAUCUAAAAGAACGCACUGUGUCCUGGACUCAGUUUAACAAGGAACCAGUUCGGGAAAGAAACUUUACAUUUUGGCAGUGGUUUGAUGGAGUUGUGGAUCUCACCAAAAAACAUUUAAAAGAUUACUGGUCAGAUGGCCUAAUAAAGGGAUUUGUCAGUAAGCUGUUUGUACAGAAGCUUCUCAGCGUUGAGCCAAGUGGAACAUUCUUGUUGAGGUUCAGUGACUCAGAAAUAGGGGGCAUCACAAUUGCAUAUGUCAUUCGCGGCGAAGAUGGUUCUGGGCAGAUCCAAAAUAUUCAGCCAUUUGGUGCCAAAGAUCUUCAGAUCCUGUCUUUGGGUGACCGGGUAAAAGAUCUGAAACAGUUGACAUAUCUAUACAAAAAAGGAAGAAAAGAUGAAGUCUUUGAGAAAUACUAUAAAAAGGUUUCAAGCUGUGGUAAUGGAUAUAAGAAAACUGCUAUUGUCGUGAAAGUUGUGGGCGAUGAAGUCGAGGACAGUCAAACGUCAUGGAAUGACGCAAUGCCAAUGGAGGGAAUCGAUAGCCAGCAACCCUCAACAAGCCACAGUGUGCAUUAUGCGUCACCGCCCUACGGUUCACCUGCUGGAAGUCCUGCGCACAUAAGCACGCCACAGCAGCUAUACAGGUCUGUAGAAAGCAGUCAGCCUAUGGGAACGCCUUCCUUAAUACAGUCCCCUCAGUAUCACAUUGAGCACGCACUAUUUCCUAAUUCCAGGUUUAUACAAUCACCUGUAUAUCCAGUUGUGGAAAGUCCUCAGGGGAUCCAACCAUAUGUCCCUGAAACACAAACCUUUAACACAGAUCGUCUUCACAGAGAAUUGGAAUUUUUCGACAUUCUGGAUAUCCUUAGCAAUGACAGCAGCAUGACCAACCUGCCCCUUUUCAAUCAAGCUAUAAUGAAUGAUCCAGCUCCCAUGCAAGAAGAUGCAGGACAGACUGACUGUGGGCUGCUACAAUUCUAACACGUAUUCUUGAGAUGUUCAGAACAUCUAGUUAAGACAGAAGGAACUGCUCCAGAUCCAGCACUUCACUUAUCAAGCGCGAUAUAUAACUGUAUAUAUCAGUCUAUCAAGGGUUAUACUGAUUUUAUGAGACUCUUGGGGCUGUAAUCUUAUUACGACCAAGGUCAUGACCAUUAACAGUUGUUGAAUUCUAGGAUUUAUUACCACAGGCUGCAGUCAUAAGGAUACGAUAUCAUGAACUUCACUUCUUAAAUGUAACUUCCACUAUCAGGAUCUUCAGCAUUACAAUCUGUAAAGUGAUUCAGCAUGCAAGUGGUUUGCUUUAGGAAUGCGUGAGAAUGAAUUCUCAGCCCACACAGCUCAACCUCCUCUCUGCUCUACAUCUUUCUGGCAUUCAAUGGGUUUGGUUUUACGGAUUGUGGUGUAGUGUGUAGGCGUCGACAACGUGGCAAUCAGAUCUGACCUUUAUUGGCUGUGUGUAGGAGGACCUCCAAUACCCCAGAAUUCUUCAGGCUGAGACUGUUGGAUGAAGAUUUGUCACAGCCUCUGAUAUUUCAGCAUCACCCAGUAAAUUGAGUUACUU